GGACCGGGAGGCACAGGCGGGGCUGCCCGGGGACGAGCGCAGAAGCCGAGCCGAGCCCGGGGGCCCAAGUUUGGCCGCGGCUCCCGGAGGCGCCGCGGACGCCCCAGGCGGCUUCCAGCCCCCUCCCGCGUCCGAGCCCGGGACCCGCUGGCAGCCGGGGGAACGGAAGCCGCGGCCGGGCCAACUCCGAGGCGGGACGCCGCGCCGCCGCGCCGGGAACUUGAGGUGAAUAUUUGGGGAAUCAGCAUUCUCAGUGAGGUGCAGCUUAACCAAGACUUGGAAUCACUGAGGGUCUGUCCCCCCUUGUGCCCCCAGGCCCGAGAGGGAUGUGAAGGCCCAAGAUGACCCUCUUACCGGGAGACAAUUCCGACUUCGACUACAGCGCCCUGAGCUGCGCCUCCAACUCCUCCUUCAAGCCGGCCUUCUUCCAGCAGAGCCGGGCGCUCAAGGGCGUGUUCUACCGCCGGGCCCAGCAGCUGCGGCCGCAGGACGCCCCCCGCCAGGGCGGCCAGCCCGAGGACCGCCGGCGGCAGAUCAUCAUCAACGUGGGGGGCAUCAAGUACUCGCUGCCCUGGACCACGCUCGACGAGUUCCCGCUGACGCGGCUGGGCCAGCUCAAGGCCUGCACCAACUUCGACGACAUCCUCAACGUGUGCGAUGACUACGACGUGACCUGCAACGAGUUCUUCUUUGACCGCAACCCGGGGGCCUUCGGCACCAUCCUGACCUUCCUGCGGGCGGGCAAGCUGCGGCUGCUGCGGGAGAUGUGCGCCCUGUCCUUCCAGGAGGAGCUGCUCUACUGGGGCAUCGCCGAGGACCACCUGGACGGCUGCUGCAAGCGCCGCUACCUGCAGAAGAUCGAGGAGUUCGCCGAGAUGGUGGAGCGGGACGACGAGGACGACCCGCUGGACAGCGAGGGCGGCGACAGCCAGGGCCCGGCCGGGGGUGGGGGCCGCCUGGGCCACUGCAUGCGGAGACUGCGCGACAUGGUGGAGCGGCCGCAUUCGGGGCUGCCCGGCAAGGUGUUCGCCUGCCUCUCGGUGCUCUUUGUCACCGUCACUGCCGUCAACCUCUCGGUCAGCACCUUGCCCAGCCUGAGGGAGGAAGAGGAGCAGGGCCAGUGUUCCCAGAUGUGCCACAGCGUGUUCGUCGUGGAGUCGGUGUGCGUCGGCUGGUUCUCGCUCGAGUUCCUCCUGCGGCUCAUCCAGGCGCCCAGCAAGUUCGCCUUCCUGCGGAGCCCGCUGACGCUCAUCGACAUGGUGGCCAUCCUGCCCUACUACACCACGCUGCUGGUGGACGGCGCCGCCGCGGGCCGCCGCAAGCCCGGCGCGGGCAGCAGCUACCUGGACAAGGUGGGGCUGGUGCUGCGCGUGCUGCGGGCGCUGCGCAUCCUGUACGUGAUGCGCCUGGCGCGCCACUCGCUGGGGCUGCAGACGCUGGGGCUCACGGCCCGCCGCUGCACGCGCGAGUUCGGGCUCCUGCUGCUCUUCCUCUGCGUGGCCAUCGCCCUCUUCGCCCCGCUGCUCUACGUCAUCGAGAACGAGAUGGCCGACAGCCCCGAGUUCACCAGCAUCCCCGCCUGCUACUGGUGGGCCGUCAUCACCAUGACGACCGUGGGCUACGGCGACAUGGUGCCCAGGAGCACGCCCGGCCAGGUGGUGGCGCUGAGCAGCAUCCUCAGCGGCAUCCUGCUCAUGGCCUUCCCGGUCACCUCCAUCUUCCACACCUUCUCCCGCUCCUACCUGGAGCUCAAGCAGGAGCAGGAGAGGCUGCUGUUCCGCAGGGCCCAGUUCCUCAUCAAAACCAAGUCGCAGCUGAGCAGCGUGUCCCAGGACAGCGACAUCUUGUUCGGAAGUGCCUCCUCAGACACCAGGGACAACAACUGAGCCCAGAGGACGCCCCCACCCCCCACCCGCCCCUGCUGCCAGGACGCCCCCCUGCCCCGCCUGCCCUCUGCGGCGUGCAGCUAGCGCCAUCCUCUACGGAAGCCCCACAGGGGCGUGCUGCUUCCCCGGUGGCAGGGACGUAGGGCGGUGCCAGCCACGCCCGGCGGGGACACCUGCAAGAUGGGUAGAGGGACACGUGCCCCUGAGCAGCUGGAGAUGGAAGGGAAGCUGGGCCCAGCCCCAGCACAUGGCCAUCAGUGCUCUCCCCACCCACCCCAGCCCCGCUGUUUGCAUCCCUUGGGUAAGGGGUGCUACCUUCUUUUCACCGUGUAAAUAAUACACCCAGCAAAAAACUUGCUUUAUGGAUCUGCCUGGAGGAAAAAAAUACAAACAGCAGCAACAUGUCUGUCUCGAGUGUGGCUCAUAUCCGAUUAAAGGAAACCGAUGUGAAAAAGAGAAAAUCCCUCAAAAGAAGGAAAUGUGUUUGCCAGCAAAGCCAGCCAGUGCGGGUGCUAGAAGGAAGAGGGUCUGCUGGGGGCCUGGUGGUGUUGGAGGGAAAGGGAGGGGACAGACACCCUUAGGAAAACUGCUGGCAAAUGCUGUCCUCCCUCUCUUGUUUCCCUUUGAUCCCUCUAUCUCCAGGCCUACUUUGCUCCCUUUUUCCCCUGGUCCUUUUCCAUUCUCUCCCACCCUCUGGCUUCCUCUUUUACACAGUAAGCUGUGUUCCUCCAACUUCCCCCAAGCAUCCCUAACAGUU